AUGCCGACGUCCAAGCAAUCAACGUCGCCUCCACCCCGGCGGCGACGCGCUCUGCAAGAGCGCACCUCAGCUCAUACCAAUGAAAGAUCACCAACUCGGUCUAUCCAAUCACUUCGCAUGGUCCAUGGGGACAAAGAAGAUACCGACAUGUAUACCGCCACGCCGUUUCCCACCAAGCCAGAGCAGAUCUUGCUGCCGAUUCCCGGCAAAGGGCAGCAAAACUAUAUCUCGGAUACGGGCUUCGCCUAUGCAGAUACCCCCGGCCCGUCCACGUCGACCGGGUCGUCGCCCGCCUUUAGCCAUGCCGCGGCCAGCAGCGCGCACGACCUGUCUAUUCGCGAGACAUGGGAUGUAUCGUCUACCGUGGAUACGCUCAAUUCGCCGCCCCAGAUGUGGGAUGAUCCCACAUCGAGCAAGUCGUCUCUGCCGGAGGUCAGCCCUAUGACCAAACACGAAGAGUAUACGUCAGACGGCCCCGACGAGCCGGAGUACUCAGACGAUGAAAUGAUAGUCCUGCCCACUGCGACGCCUACCAUCAAAGCAGUCAUUUCGGAACCGCCAACCUCGCCCAGGUCUGUUGGCGAAGAUGAUCAAUCGAUAAUUGCCUACUCCAGUCCCAAUAUCGAGCAGAUCGGUGCACCAUCCAGCCCAAACUUUGAACCCAUUGGCGCACCCUCGAGCCCUAACUUUGUCACGCUGGAUAAUUCGAGCGUCAACUUCCUGCCACCUGGUACGGACAAUUCGGAUUCAGAUCCGCGCUCAAAUUCGCUGUCUUCCUGGAAUUCGCGUGGAACAGCCGUUCGACACGCUGGUGUGACCGCGCCCUGGAUCCAUACGGCCGGCUCGUCAGAGCAACUGAGCACCCGCUCGGCAUCACCAUUCCACUCCAGCCCUCCAUUGCGCUCAGUCUCCUCGUUCCGAACUGUCUCCAGACGUCCCUCAGCCAGCCGGUCACACUCCGCAACAUCCUCAUCACGCAGCUACCGCUCCGUCCCGGAGAUGGCCGCCGCCAUUGACAGCGGUAUCCCCAUUCAAUACGCGCGUAUCCGAGCACCAUCGUCCAGCUCCCGCGCCGAUACAUCAGUCUCCUCAGACCGUGACUAUACUCCAGUCCGCGACUUCACGCCCGGCCCAGCCUCCGGCCGCUGGAACCCGCAUCUAUCUCGGGUAUCAUCAGUCUGGUCAGACGAAGACCUCGCCAACCUCGCCGCCACCGGCGAACCCGAGUCCACCCCAGCCCGCGAGCCCUCCGAACCGAGCAUCCCGGCCUCAGCCUUGACAUCCAAAACAAGCACCUCCAGCGUGUGGCUAGUAACAGAAACCGAUGACGACGAGCGCCUAGACAGCCUCACCAAUCUACCCCCACGACCCGGAUUCCCAGGAAGUCUCUCCUCCGGCUCAAAGCGCAGCAACAGCACACGCAGCCUCAAACGACCCGGCACAGCCUCAAGCACCGUCUGGCACAUCCUCCCCACCUGGGCAAAGAUAUACUACCGCGCGGACGCACUGGGCCUCAACUCGGCCUUCUCGAUAAUGGACGUGAGCAGACCGUCCUCCGCGAGACCGGGCACUUCCAAUUCCAGCGUCUUCAAAUUCACUCUCAUGCCCACACCACUCAACAUUCCCCGCGGCCGAUCCCCCGAACGUCCACGCUCUCCUCAACGUCCCGCCUCCCCGCCUCGACAGCAGCCCCCCGCCGUUACCGCUGCUGCUGCCGCCAUCGCACUACCCCGGCGGCCCGGCGCGGUACGCUUCGUCCAGCGCCGCCUCGAAAGUGACCCUCUCGACCCGCGCGCACACUGGGUGGCCGAUCCCGAGGAAGAAGGCGAAGUCAUCGGCAUGCCGCGCCACAGACAACGACAUAGCUGGUCGCCACAUCUAUACACAGAUCGACGGGGGAUUCCGCACUCAACGAGUACAUGGACGGCGCCGUCGUUGGACUCGACGAAUGAGCCUGUGCUUGGGAGGAGGAAUGUCCAGGUUUAUUCUUUUUGCCUGGGGUUUAUAUUUCCGCUCGCGUGGAUAAUCGCAUCAUUCCUGCCCCUCCCGCCAAUGCCAAAACUUUCCCCGGAGAUGAUGCAUGUAGACGAUGAUAUCGAGAUGGCCCUGGAGUCGCAGUUGGUUGCGCUGCAGCGUCGACAACACGAGAAUGCGCGGUGGUGGCGCAAUUUGAAUCGGUGGAUGAUUUCGCUUGGUGUGGUGAUUAUCGUUAUUAUUAUUGCAUUGGCUGUUAUUGGUACCACGACGGGCUUUUAA